AUUUCGUUUCAUGGCUACACUGUGAUGCCGCAACUUAUUCCUGAUUUGGCAACUAAAACGCUCUAUAUAGACUGCAACCAGAAUUUUUUACUUCAAAUAAACUUUCAGCUAGCCUUAAAUUUCUAACUGUAUUGCUACUUAUGGGAACUGUUUCUUUGAAUCUCUUUCCUCUGAUUUCCGGUCGACAUAGACUGAAGAUUAAUAGAGUUUCCGCUGAUCACAUAAUGUUAAAAAAGAAGAGCAGUGCUAAUAUGUUCUUCCGUGUUGAUCAGAGCUCCGAAAAAAAUUGUUCUGCUCUGCAUUUGUGUGCGUAUAAUGGGAAGAAUAGUGGUGUCCUUGAAAAGGACAUGGUAUCCCUUAAUGGUGAGCUGAAUUCGAAAGUGCAAGAGGGAAUUGGAAUUAUUGAUUUCUUUUGUGGCAAGAAGCUUUUUAUUACUGGUGUCACUGGAUUCUUAGCAAAAGUAUUUGUGGAGAAGAUUCUGAGGACCAUCCCAGAGGUGGAUAAGAUAUUUCUGCUGAUCAAGGCCAGGGAUGAGGAGGCUGCAAUGGAAAGAUUAAUGAAUGAAAUUGUAGGUACAGAGCUCUUCAAGUGUCUACGGGAGAAGCAUGGAAUAUCAUAUGAAAGGUUUGUCUUGGCCAAGUUGGUUCCUGUGGUUGGAAAUAUGUGUGAAACAAAUUUAGGCAUCAAGGAAGAUGUUGCUGAUCUUAUAGAAAAAGAAGUGGACGUAAUUAUCAAAUCUGCAGCCACUACAACAUUCGACGAAAGGUUCGAUGUUGCUCUUGAUAUUAAUACGAGAGGAGCUGCACAUAUUGUAAAUUUUGCUAAAAAGUGUGAAAAUCUCAAGUUAUACGUGCAUGUAUCAACAGCUUAUGCUUCAAGACAAAGAGAAGGAAAGAUCAUGGAAGAAUCAUUCGGUAAGGGGCAUUAUGUAGCGAACGGUGCUGGUGUGAAUGAAACACCAUUCAAACAUGUCCAUCGCUUGAAUAUUGGAGCUGAAAUAAAGCUUGCAUCAGAAAUGAUAGAAUCUUCUGAGAAAAAUGAAAUAGAUCGAAAUCUCAAGGAUCUGGGACUGAGUAGGGCACAGAAACACGGGUGGCCAAAUACGUAUGCAUUUACCAAAGCAAUGGGUGAGAUGAUAGUUGAAGAUAUGAAAGGACAAGUACCUGUGAUCAUAAUCCGGCCUAGUAUUGUUGAAAGCACUUUAAGCCAACCAUUUCCGGGUUGGAUAGAAGGUAACAGGAUGAUGGAUCCAAUUGUCCUCUUGUAUGGAAAAGGGAAGGUCCCUGGUUUCUUUUCAAAUCCUGAUAUGGCUCUGGAUGUGGUACCCGUUGACAUCGUUGUAAAUUCAACAUUAGCCGCCAUAGCAAAACAUGGUGGCAAAGAAAGUAAACAAGAAGACAGCAAUUCUAAUGAUCACGUCUACCAAAUUACUUCAUCUGUUGCAAAUCCUUUGAUAACCCGGGAUCUGGCGGACCUGGCCUAUCAGCAUUUCAGCGUAAGUCCCUGCUUUGAUCGCGAGGGAAAUCCAAUCCAAAUUUCAGCAUUCAAGUUCUUCUCCUCUAUAGAAGAUCUGUUGUCUGACAUGAAAAGCACUAACAGCAAUGAUGAGAUUUCUCCCAAACACGAACUUAUUCGAAGAAAAUCAAUAGAACAUUUUAAGUACUUGGCUAAUCUAUACAAACCCUACACCUUCUUCGAUGGAAGGUUUGAUAAUAACAAAGUCGAGAAUCUAUUGGAGUGCUUGUCUGAAGAAGAAAGAAAGGAGUUCGGAUUCAACGUACGUUCCAUAGAUUGGGAAGAUUACAUCGUAAGGGUCCAUUUUCAUGGUGUAAGGAAGCAUGUUAUGAAGGAGACAACCCUCAAGUAGUUAUGUUUAGGACAAAACCUGCAAUGCCUUCACUUCGUAUUAUGAUGCCUAGGCUCCAUACUAUAGGCAUCACAAAUUAAUUAUUAAUCCUGAUAUCUUCCGUAUUUCUGAUUUGCAGAAAUAGUAUGGCAUUUUCUGAUUUGUUUUUUGAGGAAUUUAUAAGUUUUCCAAAAGUCUUAAUAUUUAAAUUUAGAGUAUUAGUGAUAUUUAUAUUUAUUAUCACUAAAGAUCGAUUAGAAUCUUUUCUUGAUUUAAAUUGGAUAAUUUUUUUAUAUUUGAUAAGUGUAAUAAAUUUGAAAGAUAAUAUUCAAUUUUUUAACA